UGGCAUUCGGAACUUUCGUUCGUUCUGGUUUGCGUCCCUUCCGCGCCUUGCAAUGCGUGAGAUUGUUCACAUUCAAGCUGGCCAGUGUGGAAAUCAAAUUGGUGCCAAGUUCUGGGAAGUCAUCUCGGAUGAACAUGGAAUCGACCCCACUGGCACAUAUCACGGUGACUCUGAUCUCCAGUUGGAGCGGAUAAACGUUUACUACAAUGAAGCUUCGGGUGGAAAAUACGUUCCGCGUGCCAUCCUUGUUGAUUUGGAGCCCGGUACGAUGGACAGCGUUCGUGCGGGACCGUUCGGCCAACUCUUUCGUCCUGAUAACUUCGUAUUUGGCCAGAGUGGAGCGGGCAAUAACUGGGCUAAAGGUCACUAUACAGAAGGAGCUGAAUUGGUGGAUUCCGUCUUGGAUGUGAUUCGCAAAGAGGCUGAAUCCUGUGACUGUCUGCAAGGGUUUCAGUUGACUCAUUCCUUGGGGGGUGGAACCGGAUCUGGAAUGGGUACGCUUAUGAUUUCGAAGAUCAGAGAAGAGUAUCCCGAUCGCAUCAUGAACACAUUUUCAGUCGUCCCUUCACCCAAGGUUUCCGAUACUGUUGUCGAGCCAUACAAUGCAACACUGUCGGUUCAUCAACUCGUGGAAAAUACGGAUGAAACAUUUUGCAUCGACAACGAAGCACUAUACGAUAUAUGCUUCCGCACGUUGAAGUUGACGAACCCUACUUAUGGCGACUUGAAUCAUCUGGUGAGCGCUACCAUGUCGGGCGUGACCACUUGUCUUCGUUUUCCGGGUCAACUAAACGCUGAUCUACGCAAACUGGCUGUAAACAUGGUGCCGUUCCCCCGCUUGCACUUCUUCAUGCCUGGUUUUGCUCCGCUCACCAGUCGUGGAAGUCAACAAUACCGCUCUCUAACCGUUCCGGAGUUGACACAGCAGAUGUUUGAUGCGAAGAACAUGAUGGCCGCUUGUGACCCUCGCCAUGGUCGCUACUUGACUGUUGCCGCCAUUUUCCGUGGUCGUAUGUCAAUGAAAGAGGUAGACGAACAAAUGCUGAACGUGCAAAACAAGAAUUCCAGCUACUUUGUCGAGUGGAUUCCAAACAACGUGAAAACUGCUGUUUGUGAUAUUCCACCACGUGGGUUGAAAAUGUCCGUCACUUUCAUCGGCAAUAGCACCGCCAUUCAGGAGCUGUUUAAACGUGUUUCCGAACAGUUCACUGCAAUGUUCCGUCGCAAGGCGUUUUUGCAUUGGUACACAGGUGAGGGGAUGGAUGAGAUGGAGUUCACGGAGGCCGAAUCAAAUAUGAACGAUUUGGUCAGCGAGUAUCAGCAGUAUCAAGAUGCCACCGCUGAAGAAGAGGGAGAAUUCGAAGAGGAGUUGGAAGAGGCCUGAGCCACCCACUGACUAGAAUACGAUCAACGUCGUUAAUGCAUUUGGUCAAUGUUAAAUCUAAAUCGCAUAAAUUAUCAUUCUAAAUG